CGAGCAAAUAAUUGAGAAGCUUUACAGGAAAUAAAACUUCACUAGGAGAGAGAUAUCUAGCUAUCAAAACAAUUGAUGUUGUCCUGUUGUUUAUGGAAAGCAAAUCUCUCGUAUACUGAGUACUGGUAUAUUUCUUGUUUUGGUUCAUCUUGUAGUGAUCUUGUAGCUAACAAAUCUUUUCUUCAGACUGACAGCUAUACGUACGUAGAAGCCGAUGCUGUUGCCAAGCGCCAGCCAAAGUCUAAUUGGCUGAUGGGAAUUUCAAUUCAGCGGCGAAGCUAUAAAGAAGUAGUGAUAAUCUUGAUGACAAGUUUUGCAUUGAACCAGUGAAUGGAUAGCUGUGCAACCCAGUUUGGCAGCGGGUGUGUGGCGAAAACAGAUCGCAGAAAAAGGAAGAUAGCGGAAACUGAAGCUUAGUUCGGGAAAGACGAUGCACUGACGAGGACACAGCAAGUGUAUGUUUUGGAGAGAAGUCGGACAUCAUGAGUUUUUACCCAUUUCGGGUAUUUGCUUUAGCCUUUGAGUCUGUUUGAACGACCGAGCACUGUUGUCAUGCAUGCCUCACUUGUUUAUAUUCUAUAAAAGCUUCUUGCGGACGUUAACUCAACGAAUCUUGCAUUGCAGUUUUAGAAUGAUACACAGACUUGUUGUGUAAAAAACCAGAGGAUGAAUAACUCGCCAAUUUGGCCAAAUACUUCUAUGGCAGCAAACAUUAGUUUACCAAACACGAGCGUGUUUACACGAGGUGAGGACAUUGCUCUAAAGUUUUUUUACGUGCUUGUAUCAUUCGCAGCAGUCAUCGGCAAUUCUGGUGUUUGCUUCAUUAUUUUGAAUGACAAGAAGAUACAGAACACAGUGAACCUUCUGUUGUUGAAUUUAUCGAUAUCUGACAUUAUUUCUGCAAUAGCAGUCUAUCCUUACCUUUUUUUGGAUAUUUCCAAAACCAAUUUAAAGGGCACGGGAGCUAAUUUGAUGUGUGGUUUCACGGAAGGGCUGACAUUAUUUUUCGCUGCAUCAUUAGUAAAUCUACUAACACUCAGUGUAUUGUCGCUGAGCCGGUACAUGCUCAUAAAUCACCCAACAAAACACAAAUGGAGGGUCAAGAAGCACAGUGUCAAAUGGAUCUGCGUUUUUACGUGGACUGUUGGGAUAUCGCUACUCAUUCCAAGCGGUGUAUCAUUCCACUACAAUUCAGAGAACAAAAUCUGCUGGAGACGCUGGGCAAAAGGCAUUAUCCUCGUACUGUAUUUCAUUGCAACCAUGGUGAUAGCGUUUCUUAUACCACUUUGCACGUUAACAUUCACGUAUAUUUCCACGAUUCACACGCUGUGGUUCAAAAAGUCUCUGCAGCGGCUGCAACGUACUAAUUCACAAACGAGCGUGCAAUCGAGUCGAAAGCGAAUCAGCAUAUUACUCGGCAUGCUAAUCGUUGUGUUCCUCGUUUGCUGGUCCCCGUUUGGAAUUUAUUGGCUGCUUUCUACAGCGCUGAAUUACUUUCCAGAUACGGUUGAAGGUCAGGGUAAGAUGAUAAGAAUAACACGGUACACUAUUUUGAUUGCCCUGCUCAAUACAUGUCUUGAUCCACUGGUUUAUGCCUACAGUAACCGACAGAUCACGAAUGGUGCAAAGCGGACUCUUCGAAGGAAAGGGACAAUAAACACGGUGGAACCGACAGCUACUGAAUGAAUUUAAAAAGAGGAAGCAUAGGCGUAGAUUUUGAGACCCCAUUCCCUUCUCUAUCCCGCAAUGGAAAAACUUUGUUGCAAGCUCAGCCUAAUUUCGAAACUAAUAGAGGCUCUCUCUGGAAGGUAAAUUAAUUUUUGGCCUUCAGUAAAUCUUUAAUUUAACCCGCUUCUUUCGUCAUUAGGUAAAGAUUGCAAUACUACAAUUCCUCAUGAUAGGUGGGCUGAGCUUACAAAAUUAUUGGCAUUCCUGUGUUUAGAGAGUAAUAAAAAUGAGUAGCCCCUAUUCCUCGAUUGACGACUGCGCUUGUGUAACAAAACCCGACCCAAUCCAACCCAAAACACGCAGAAAAAUAAGCCUGAUUAUCAAAGAAUUGAGUCUAUGCGUUAUAAACGCCGUAGACCGUUAGCAGAAGACUUUAGACAACGUAAACAAAACCGAAAUGAAAAAGACCGCACCCAAAUAACGUUAAAUUUCAUUAAAGAUAAAUAGUCUUCAUCAUUGAAGAACACCACAAGCUAAAAAAAUGAAUCGAUAUUUGCAUCAAACAACCUGCAGGUUAUUGCCCCCUGCCACAAAAAGACAUCAUUCCACAUGUAUACUGGUCAGACAGACACAUACACGCCGGCGUCUGAUAUUCAUUUGUCCUUGUCUCGGGACAUAUUCGAAAGGGUAACGAGAAGAAGACAAAAUGGAUGAUGCCCACCAGAUGCUGUAAGUGAACUUUACAAGAUCCGAACGAAGAGGAAAAAGGCAAAAGUGUUAAAAAAAUUUGACAUUGCUGAUCAAUCUUUUCGGUAAAAUUGAUACAAUCAUUAUAGAUUUUUCAAAGUGGAAUCUGAGGUGAUAUGGCAUAAACUAUGAUUAAAAAAGCUAAGAAACCAUGCAUUUCAUUUUUUUGGGCUGGAUAAUUUUACCUGACAUAACAAAUUCAGAAGGUUGUGAAGGAAGCUUCGUUCGUUGACUUUUUUGAAUUGGAAACAAACUUGAAAUUCUUAAAUUAACAUUAAGAUAUCACAUUGUAAUUAAAAAAAAUGAAUUUUUUUAAAAAGAACCGAGAAAAUAAAAAUUUAAUUUAAUUUACUAUAAAAACAUCUAAGUCUGUGUUUCAAUUAGAUGAAAAGAAUUAAAAAAGUAUUAAAAGCAGGAGAGGUCGUGGACUACCCAUUUUGAUGUCUAAUAGUAGUAAUGGACCAGAGGAUUAAAAAUUACAGAGAUUGAGGUGAAUUAUAGACAAUGGAUUUAUGGUAGACGUAAAAUGGUUUGCAAUUGAACUAUAGCAUCUUACUGCAAUAAAAGCAAAUACUGUAAAAUGUACAAAAAAUAUAUGCUGAAAAUGUAAUUAAAAUGUAGUGCGCUGUAAUAUAUCUCACAACCGUAAUUAUAUGCACACCUCGAUGUGCUCCAUUUGUAAAUACCUUAAGAGAUUGGAUUUAAUCGUCAUACUUAAGACAACAUUGCUUCUUGCUUUUUUGUCGAAAAUACUUGUUUAACGUUACCUCUAAAAAUUGGUAGGUUUAUCUAAAGGAUAACACGCAGGGAGGAGUAUACAAGCACGUUUGUUGUGUCAAUGUCUUAUGAAACAGAACUGUAGGGCUGCAUGGGUACUGUAAAGGGGUCCAGUUCAAAUAUACCAUCAGUACGGUAACUUGCUAUUGAUAAUUAAGAACCUUUUGCUAAUAUUCCUGAAAAAAACUGCCAGUCAGUCCUUUACAUGCAGCAGAG